UCAAUUUUUCAGGAAUCGCGAGAUUUCCAAUUAGUUAAUACAAAAGAAGCUAUUUCUCCCGGAAAUUUGUCUUUAGUCAAGGCAAAAACUUUUAGUGUUUCGCAGUGUAAAAUGCCGCAGUUCAUUGUUUGGUCUCCUAAGUUGUCACCACAAAUUGUAAGUUUUUUAUCGUUAACUUAUUCUAUAAACUAUUCACUACGGACGACUGAAAAACCACUUCUCAAUUCAAUCGCAUUUAAAAGUAUUGAUGCCGAAGUUAUAAUUGAAUUGUUAAUGAAAUUAACUGCCGACGAAUUCACCAAUAAGUAUGCGCUAAUCGAUUGUCGUUAUCCGUUUGAAUACAACGGUGGACACAUAAAACUUGCCGUUAAUAUUUAUGACCGCAAAAAGCUUGUCGAUUAUUUUUAUCCCAAUGAUGCACUGCGAUUCAUCGAAAUAUCACGGAAAAUACCAAUAUUUUAUUGUGAAUAUUCGAAAAUACGUGGACCUAAUAUGGCGUAUGCAUUACGUGCCGAGGAUCGAAUUCGAAAUAAAUUGAAUUAUCCCAUGGUCGAUUAUUUGGAAAUGUACAUUCUUGAUCGUGGCUAUAAAAAUUUUUACGAGAUCAAUCAGCGUAUCAAUAAAGAUUGUUGUGAGCCAGAUGCCUAUAUUCCAAUGAAUGAUCCACGUUUUAUAAGCGACUUAAUGAAUUAUGAUCUUCAUCGCAGUAAAUCUACGUCAGGUACAAAGAGCAAGUCAAUGAAAAAGCAGUGGAAGAGGAAAAAAAGGAAAAAAACUUCACUGGAUCCGGUGCUCGAAGAAGUCUAA